AUCACAAUACUCUUUAGUCGUAGACAUUCAAUUGUUACAAAGCUUUUUUCUGCAAAGAUCACUUUAAAAUAUAAAUUUUUUUAAAUCUAAUGUAUAACUAAAAACCCACUAAAAAUUGAUAGGAAAUAUUUAAAGAAAACUUCAAACUUUAUUAUUGCGAAGAAUAAUAAAAUUUUUUUGACAUGAGUCGUAUUUCCAAGUAAAAAAUGAAGGUCAUUGAAGGAAAAGUUGUUUUGUUGGGUGCACAAGCUGUGGGAAAAACAAGUCUAUUGAUGCGAUACGUGAACAAAACAUUCGAUAGUCACAGUCCCCCAACGAUAGGCGCAUCAUUUUGUACCUGCAAUGUACAAAUUGGCGAUAUCGGAAUUGUCCUCCAGGUUUGGGACACGGCAGGAAUGGAAAGGUUCCGAUCAAUGGCACCCAUGUACUAUCGAAAGACAAAUGCAGCUCUUCUUGUCUUUGACUUGACGAACCAGGAAAGUUUUGCAAUGGUGAAAAGUUGGGUGUCUGAGCUAAAGAGAAACAUUGAGGAGGCCAUUAUUCUCAUUGUUGUCGGCAACAAAAGCGACUGUGUAAAGGAGAGAAAAAUUGAUUCUGAAGAGGGUAGAAAAUACGCCGUCUCAAUUGGUGCUUUUUAUCAUGAAACAUCAGCUCUUUAUGGUGAUGGAAUUGAAACUGUCUUUCAAAAUAUUGCCACUGAGAUGUUAAAGCUAACCGAACACAAACAUUUAAUUACAAGUAUUCGAGUUUACGAUUCGGACGUCGAUGAUAAUAUUUUAGUAACUCCCGCCAGUGAGGACUUUCACGACAAUAGUAUUGCGCACGGUGUUCAUGAAAAGCCAUUUUUCUGUUGUUAGUUUAAAAAAAAACUGUAUAAAAAAAAUUCAUUUCUGAUGUUUCCGAUUUAAAAUUCAUAAUCAAAAAUUGAUAUUAAUAUAUAAAUAAUAAUAUUAUUUAUUAAUAUUAUUAAUAUUAUAAAAUUAUUAUAUUAUAAUUAUAGUAUAAAAUAAUGAAUUUACAGUUUUAUUUACAUCAACUUUAAUUUUUGUUUCACGUGAGCUUAAGCACAUCUAAUGAAAUGAAGACUGAAAGAUGCUCAAAUUUUUAACCAUUACGUUUUAAAAUUAAGAUUACAUUGUGAUGCUGCGUCAUACUUUGAAAGAAAUUUAUUAGUCAUUUUUUGCAUAAUAGUUAUCAAAUUCAGAAAACAAAAAGAUAAAAUAGUAUCAAGUUUCUAAUAAUUUUUCUUUUCAUUGUUAUCUCAGUUAGAAAUUUUUCAAAGGCAAAAUUUUUUAUUAAAAACUCACGAAUCAUUGUAGAUAUCUGAAUAUUGUAAAUUGUAACUAAGAAAAUACUUCCGAAUUUUUGAAAAAUUACCUUCUUCGUGUACAUUAAAUGUUUUAACAAAUUUCUUUCACUGUACGAACCUAUUAGAUUAUUUAAUAUAGUGAUUGUAUUGUAUGCAUGAAUAAGCCCAAACUAAUUUUCCAAAAAUUAAGAAUCCAUUAGUAAUUAGUAUUGUACUUUUUCUAUUCAUUUAACAAUUAUUGCCAAAAAUUUUUUAAGAAAGUUCCACUUAGGUGCUAAAAUCUAGUACAAUAAUGCGAAAAAUAUUCUCUACAGUGAUAAAAAAUAUCGAUAAUAUAAAGUUAAGGAAAAAUAAAAUUAAAACUUUAUAUUUUCAUAUGAAAAAAUGUACCAAGCGAAUAAAAAACUUAUUUUUAUAAAAAAGAAAAGAAUAAUGUACAUUUUAUGAAAGUCGACAUAAAUGAAAAUUGUUUUAUGUAUAGCUGAUAAGAAAAUAAAAAUAUAUUUCUUCUUUUAAAAA